AUGGCUACCGUCAGGAAACCCACCGCCGCCGUGGUGAACGGCACACCCAAGAAACACCACCACAACGUAAAUGUCCACGUCAGCGACAUGGUUGAGUUUGAUGAGAAACGCCACAUGAAGGAGAUCAAGAACGAUCUCAAGCACGGCGUUGUCCAUCCUGCCCUCAACGAGCUCGAAGAGCGCGUCAACGACCUCGGAGAGUCGUGGGAGACUGAGUCGCUUUUCGAGGAUGCGCUUGAGGACCUCGCUGAAGACAAAUUCUUCACUGACGUUCCUGAUGCCUGCACUCCGGAUGAAGCGGUUGCCUUCCGUCAGCAGCUUCGCGCCAUCGGCCCAGAGGAGUUUUGCAGGAGAACGGUGGACGCGGGUGUCAUCACCGCAAAGAAGCUUCUUACUGCCUUUGGCAUCCGCCCGCCUUCCUUCCUUGAGGGCGAGGAUGACGAUGCCUACUUUGGUCUUCUCAGUCUUGCACUCAGCCGUGAGCUCUCAAAGCGCGCCAAACUCAGCAGAUACAAUUCUGUUGAUGAUGCCGCUGAACUGCUGAAGAACUCUCACAACAUCAUCGUCCUGACCGGCGCUGGUAUCUCCACAUCGCUGGGCAUUCCAGACUUCCGCUCCAAGGGAACUGGUCUCUACUCGAAACUAGAGCAUCUUGGUCUAAGUGACCCUCAGGAAGUCUUUGACAUCACCGUCUUCCGCCAGGACCCUACCAUCUUCUACUCAGUUGCGCGCGACAUCCUGCCUGAGCAGGAUCGUUAUUCGCCGACUCAUGCUUUCAUUGCCAUGCUGCAACAGAAGGGCAAGCUGCUUACGAACUACUCUCAGAACAUCGAUAACCUCGAGGCUAAGGCAGGCAUCAAGCCAGACAAGCUCGUUCAGUGCCAUGGCUCGUUCGCCACUGCCAGCUGCAUAUUGUGUGGUUACAAGGUGCAAGGCGAGAGCAUCUUCCCCGACAUUAAGGCCGGGCGCAUUCCUCGCUGCCCCAAGUGCGCCCCGCCGCGCCGCUCUACCAACAACAGCCGCAAGCGCAAGAUCGCCCGAGACGGCACGGAGAAGAAGGUGCGCAGACGACCCGGAGACUAUGAUAGUGCAUCAGACUCCGAGUACGAUCUGCCCUCUAACGGCGGCAUCAUGAAGCCCGACAUCACCUUCUUUGGCGAGCCGCUGCCUGAUGAGUUCUCCCGGCGGCUUACUGAGCACGACCGCGAGAAGGUAGAUCUGGUCAUCGUCAUCGGCACGUCGCUUAAGGUUGCUCCCGUCAGCGAGGUCGUGCCCUUCCUCCCUCCUCACAUCCCUCAGCUGUACAUCUCAAGAACCCCUGUGAGCCACGUCAACUUCGACAUUGAUCUGCUCGGUGACUGCGACGUUGUCGUCUCCGAGCUCUGCCGUCGCGCCGGCUGGGACUUGCGACAUGAGAUGAUCCCCAAGAACCAGAAGGUCGAUGUCGAGCUGGAGGUUGGCCACUCCAGCCGCCACAUCUUCACUGUCCACCAGUCCAGCCCGAAGAUCAAGUCAAGCCCAAAGGAGGAGUGA